AUGAGUAUGUUAUGUGACGAUGGGGGCUGUACCGCCGGGCCACUGGUCCAACAGGCCUUCACUGCCCAGGCGUUCGGGGUCCAGUCCCCCCUCCCGGUGGCCCAGGUCCUCCCUGGAGGCCAGCCCCUCAUCUGGGGCCAGGCCAACCUGUUCCCCGCCACCCAGCAGCAGUGGCUGCCUUGGCUGCUGGAGCUUUCUCCCCCCACCGCCUACCUCCCCGGCCAGCCCGUGGGUGCGCUGCCUGCCGCCAUGUUCCAGACCCUCACUCCCGUCACCGCCGUCACGCCGGCCGGAGACAGCCUUUUAGCUGCCGGCGGCGCGGCCUCGGGCCCUGCGCCCUCCUCCUCGUCGAGUCCGCAGCACGAGGACAGGGCACGGCUGAAGAUGAGCAAGGAGAUGUUCAAGGACUUCCAACUGGCGAAGCCUCCAGCCAUGCCUGCGCGGCGUGGGGAGCCGUCCGGCCUGUCGGGCACCUCGGACGCCUUCAGCUCCUACUUCAGCCGCGUGGGCACGGCCCAGGACACAGACGACUGCGACGACUUCGACAUCUCUCAGAUGAACCUGACCCCGGUCACCUCCACCACGCCCUCCACCAACUCACAGGAAGAAGGAUCCUCUCUACGCCCAGAUCAACAAAGCGAAGAAGUAAGGAGCCUCACAGGAAGACGUAUCUGACCAGCGCUGGGGAGAACAGGAGGAGAGAGACUCUAAAUGGCCCCCAGCUGUGUGUGUGUGUUUGAGUGUGUGUGUUUGAGUAGGUGUGUGUACGUGUGUAAGAAAAACAGGUGUCUCUCCCCAUCGCCCAUGGUACUGUUCUCCUGCAGCAGCUUGGCGGAACCUUCUCUCCUCUCCUCUGGCUAACAACCUCCCUGGAGAGAACCAUCCCUCUCUCGCCCCGCUCCUCCUCUCCUCCUGUCUGCUGUCGUUCCUCUCCACCCUCCUCCACUGGGAGGAGACCUUAGUGAUCCUCUCUCUCUCUCUCUCUCUCUCUCUCUCUCUCUCUCUCUCUCUCUCUCUCUCUCUCUCUCUCUCUCUCUCUCUCUCUCUCUCUCUGUCUUCUCUCCCUGUGGACACUCACACCCAGCCUUACACAAGUCUGAUUAUUCUUCUGCACCUCUCCCUCCUUCUCUCUCUCUUCCCUCUCCCUCCUUCUCUCUCUCUUCCCUCUCCCUCCUUCUCUCUCUCUUCCCUCACCUUCUCUCUCUCUUCCCUCUCCCUCCUUCUCUCUCUCUUCCCUCACCUUCUCUCUCUCUUCCCUCUCCCUCCUUCCCUCUCCCUCCUUCUCUCUCUCUUCCCUCACCCUCCUUCUCUCUCUCUUCCCUCACCCUCCUUCUCUCUCUCUCUCUCUUCUUUCUCCCUCUGUCUCGGUCCCUGUUUCUGGCUAGAGACUUUGCUGCCAUGGAGGGCCUGGACCAAGCGGUGCCUCCCUUUCCCACACACACACACACACACACACACACUCGAGUGAUCAUUGGACAGAAUCAGCAUCUGUAGCAAGGGAUUCCUGUGAGAGGAGUGUGACUCUUAUGAGCCAGUCCGGACUGGUCUACUACGGCAUCUGAUUGGUCGGUUUGGGUGUUUCCCUUUCGUGCAAGUGUCUGCUGGAUCACUAUGCAGAAAAGACUCUGGGAGCUGUUCACCCACACCAACACACACACACAAUCACACACACACACUAACCGUGAUUACCUACACACACACACAGAGCGAUGACACACGUGUCCUUCCAGAGGGUUGGAGAGAGAAGGUGUGACUGAAAGGACUACCCGACGGCAUGGACGUUGCAAACCUAACGGAUUCUGUGAUUGGACUGUUCAUUCUCUAUAGCUUUUGUACAAUACUGAUGAGAAAGAAAAAAAAAGGGACAAAUUGAAAUGGAAUUUUUAUUUUAUAAAUCAAUCAAGCCGCUGGGGUCAACUCUAUAGGAGUU